GGCAAGUUAAUUUGUGGUGUCGCCCUCAAGAUGGCGCUGCGGGCACUGCUGGGCGACGACGUGCACCCAGCGACAAAGGCAGCCUUCAGCAAAGCUGGACUGACUGAUCUCACAGAGAUCCUGUGUCGGUCGGUUCCCGAGAUUGUGGCACAGACGGGGCUCAAGGCAUCACAGGUGGCAGAUGUUGUAUGCCGCUUAUCCCUGCACGCUGCACCAAAGCCGUCAACGGCCGCACACCUCCUCACCACCGCCACACACGACCCCAUCAGCUGGGGCGACGCCGGGUUGGACCGUGUCGGCCCCAUCCGCACUGGGCAUCUCAUCGACCUGUGUGGGGAGAGCUCCGCAGGCAAGACACAGCUGGCACUCCAGCUCUGCCUGGCAGUGCAACAACCACCAGAAUGCGGCGGUAUCUCAGCACGUGCCGUGUUCAUCAAUACAGAGGCCAGGUUUCCCAUGUCCAGGUGGCACCAGCUGGCCAAGCACUGUGCACAGCGCUAUCCUUCUCUCGCCAGCAUAGCCGUGAGCGACAACGUCUUCACAAACCGAAUUAACACGGCAGAUGAGUUUUGGAUGUUUGUGCAUGAAGCACUGCCGAGUUUACUGUCUUCAAGUGGCGUGCGGCUGGUGGUGAUUGACUCCAUAGCGGCGCUGUUUCGAGCAGACUUUGCCCUCGACGAGUCUGCGGCACGCGCACAUGUGCUGUUUGAUAUUGGGCGCCAACUUAAACAACUCGCACACGCACACAAGACCGCCAUUGUCUGCAUCAACCAAGUGUCUGCGCACGUGCCUGAGGAAGUUCUCCCGUCGUUUGCACCCUCGCGUGUCAUCCCAGCACUCGGUCUAGCGUGGUCCUCGUGCAUCAACGCCCGCUAUUUUGUGCGACGCAUCACUUCCCGCGAAGCGUCGGUCCAGGCUGCCUGCGACGUUGAGCGACAACUUUCUUGUGCGCUCGCACCACAUCUGCCUGAGGAGCGUGCGUCGUUCUUCGUGGACAACGACGGCUGCCAUUCCAUGGAACAGGCUGGCAUCACAUAGCUGCUGCAGCUUUUGUGUGUGUGUGUGUGUGUGGGUGUGCACAAUCUUGUCCUUGAGUGUAUCAUCACGCAUGUCACAAAUGCCAUCACACAUGGGAAGCUCGUGUUAUUUGAAUUCUUGAACCAUACAUGAAAUCGUGUUGUAUGACGUGACGUAUAUAAACAAGCAGCAAUCCUG